AUGUCCGACUCAAACUAUGCCUUGGAUGAGGCUUCUGGAGACGAGAACAUUCCUGCUCAAACCCAUAUCGGGAAAGGACGUUACGAAACGCCUUUGUGGUUCGAUGACCAUAUUCAGACCAAAGAGGAGCUUCUGAAAAUCGAACCCAGAAUCAUGGCUGUUGCCAACACAGGGGACGAAAACGACCAGUCAUCGGGGAACCCUGUGGACCGGAGCGGAAGCAACUCUGGGGAAAGCUGUUUUCUUAUCAAGCAGGAGAUUCUAGAUGAUCUCUUAGACAGCAUAGCAUCCCUUCAUUUAGCCGAUCCACGGCAUCUGCCUCCAGGCCGACAAUGCACCAUCGCGCUGCACACACCGAUUCGGCGUGGCUUUCAAUUUUUGGAUGAGUUAGUCUUGCAGGCCGCCAAAGAAAUGGGCUGCUCGCUGGUAUCAUUCAGUCCCUAUGAGCUUCAUGAUCUUGCUCUUGACUUCUGCCAUCAGGAAAUAUCCUUGGAAGGCAAGCCUUCUUUCCAUGCCACCGAAGAUAGUGAUGACUGGUUAGUCGACAUCAAGAUAUCUGAGCGACACUUGGCACGCUUCUUCGGCUUCAAGACAGAAAGAAAAGCCAAGGAUACUGAUACGGAAAAUGGUCUAGAAGCUAUCAAUGCCUUGAUCGACGCUGUAGAAGCAAAAACCGAAAGACUUGACCGGCAGAGUUCUGACCGAGAUUUGGAUCUCAAACAAGUACCAAUAAAGCUGUCUCAACAAGAGAAGCCUCGGGCGACACUCGUAUACUUGCGCGAUUACACCACUCUAAGUUCCGAAGUAUGCCGUAGGCUCGCUUGCCGACUGAGAGAUACAAUUCUCAAGCGCAGGCUGGCUGGUGAGAAGAUCACCCUCAUUAUCGGCCUCGCACACCCAGAGUCACACGAAGACUUGGAAUACAGUGGCCAAGAGAUCCUAUCGGGGAAGAUUGAAUGUGACUGCGACAUUUGCGAUUGCAUUGGGAAAGCGUGCCAGUGCCAUCGAAGUUGUGCGGUAUGUUUGACCCGCACCAAGCUCGAUGCGACUGGACUGCUAUCACAAUCGAUUAUGCCUCUCAAUGUGCCAAAAGGUUGGAAAGAUUUAAGAGUGUCAGAUUGGAGAGGCUCGCGGACUGCUGCACGGAUUCGUAUGCUGAAGCGGACGCUGCAUCGACACCUUGCACACCUCGAUUCCUCUCCACCCCUUCUUCUGGAUGCUGACCAUAGCCUCUCCUCCAUCCUGUCUGAGAAAUCUCUGGAUAUAUUUGCAUUCGAAUCGUCCAGCGAAUGGGAUGAGAUCUUUGAAGCUAUGGUCCCGCGUAUCGUAGGGAGGUGUCUAAGAAAGCGAUACGUUAACCUUGCCCAUAUUGAAUCAAUACUACAUCGAUUAGCAACUGAGACACGAGGAAUCAACGACAAGGACAACAUUACGAUAUCGCCCGAGGAGCAAGCUAGAAAGUCCUGGCAACUGGAAUUGAGCAUGAUAGGACGAGGCUGUGUCGAAUGGGAGAGUGUCCUUCUUACCAAUGUGAUCAACCCAGCCUCACUCGAAACCACCUUGAAUGAUGUAGUGAUGGAUCAAAGUGUCGUGACAAAAAUUACGACUCUCGUCAAACUGUCUAAACUAAAGCCAAAUGCCUCCUCUGACGCGCUUCUUGCUCAAAUGCGCAUCACUGGUGCAUUGCUUUAUGGUCCUCCAGGAACCGGCAAAACUCAUCUUGCGCGUGCAGUUGCAAGAAGCUCCGGGACAAAGUACUUGAUGAUGGUGGAUGCUGCUACUAUCCUUCAAAAAUGGCAGGGUCAAUCCGAAAAGGCAAUCGCUGCGAUCUUCUCUCUUGCGCGGAAGCUAUUUCCAUGUAUAAUCUUCCUCGAUGAGGUAGAUGCUCUCUUCUACAAACGAACCGGGGAAGAUAGGAGUUGGGAACGAGCAAACACCACUCAAUUCCUCCAGUCAAUGGAUGGUUUGCUGAAGCAAGAGAAUAUGCCAUUCCUACUCGCGGCUACCAACCGGCCAAUGGAUCUUGAUAGUGCCUUUCUGCGUCGACUUCCACACAAGGUUUCGUUCGAUAUGCCAGAUCAACACUCGCGAGCUCUGAUCCUAAGGUUGUUUCUAAAGGAAGACGAUCUCGAUAGUGUGGACAUUGAUGCUCUUGCAACCAGGACUGCGGGCUUCUCCGGAUCAGAUCUCAAGAGUUUGUGCGGACAAGCUGCGCUUGAAUGGGCUUCAGAGCAAAGCCUAGAUCUGGAAGAGAGAGGCAAAAACCCAAAGAUCCUUCUGAACGAUGGACACUUCCAUCGUGCACUUAGCAGCACUCGUCCCACCGUGACACAAAAUGAUAUCUUUCAGAUGAACAUGUUUAAGCAAUGCUAUAAUGCGACGAUGUCAGUCUUACCCCCAACAGAGGCAACACCGGAAACCAACAAACAUGAGCUCUCUACUACGACCAAAGAACAAGAACGAGACUUUCGUGUACUAGACUCUCAUCAUGUGAAACCCACAGGAGAUGAGAAACAGCAACCUCCAGUAAAAGCAGACGAAAAUGCAGACACUACUCUAGCAAAGGAUGACUCGAAUUCAAUCCAGAAAGCCAUUGACACCAGGCCUCUCAGCAACGUCAGCGACCAGAUCAUACCCAUCACCAACCCCCCAGAGGAUUGCUUGCUAAAGGACCACCUGUAUUACAAGUACACAUCUUUGCCCUCCGCCACCUCGAUCCGUCUGCUCAAAGUGCUGAUGAUCCCAGAUGAUGGAAAAACACACCUGAGAGACCCGAUCAACUGUUCUUUAAUCACGGUAGACCUCGAUAAUAAUCCUGACUACUUCGCUUUGUCUUAUACUUGGAGCGAUCCGCGAACUCUGUACACUAACCAGGCCGACAUGAUGUCCCGGGCGGCUUGGGCAGCACCAGCUUUCGAGGUACAAUGCGAUGGCGAGACUGUUUCAGUAGCCACCAACCUUUAUACGGCGUUGAUUGCGAUCAGGGCGAAUCUCAGCGACGGAACGUACGCUCAAAAACUGGGUGAACAGUACAAGGCACAGGAUGCGACAUUCUUCUUCAUUUGGAUCGAUGCACUUUGCAUACAACAGGAGAAUUUACAAGAGAAGAGCAGUCAGAUACCUCUUAUGGGUCGAAUCUAUAGCCAAGCACGAUGUACCCUUUUGUGGCUUGGCGGAAGCGAGCCUAUGAUCAGUCAGGGGUGGGCUGCCACACAGGAAAGACUCGGGCGAAUCGUUGACAUGCAAGGUACCUCAAAAGACACCAGAUCAGAGAGGGUUCAGAACGAUAGUCUACUAGAAAUAGACGAUGCUGCGUCGUACGCUGCAUUUGGGGUGGAACCAUUGACAGUGCACGAGAUAUUUGGGUGGUAUCUCCUGAUGAGCCGCUCUUGGUUCAAGAGAAUCUGGGUCAUGCAGGAGUGGAUAUCAUGCCGGCAUGUUGUGUUAAUUUGCGGCGAGAUUCUGAUCGAUCCCUCCAGUUUCGUGUUCAGAGUAGCCGACUUUCAGUCCCGUGGGUGGAUUGAUCAAAUGCAGCACAUGAUAAUUGGAAACCGUUGGGGACCAGCAGAGAAAUACAUCGGCUUAGUCGCUGGGAAGCUAGAAUUGUUUGCACCAGUCCGCGACUAUGAAGAAGUACCAUGGAUUUAUCGAGCUGAACUUGACUACGAUAUUCACGAUGAUCUGGAUGAAGCACUUCUGUCGGCUCAUCUUUUGAGAUUGCUUGUGUACGACAGAGAGACACGACCAAUUUCUUGGUUUGUCGGUCGCUCAGCCUUCGCAAUGACCGUUGCAGAAUUCAGGGGGCUUUGCUCGUUUGAUCCGCGCGAUAAAGUCUACGCCUUACAUAACCUCUUCCGCGACCAUAACGGAGAUGCCAUAUUCCCCCCUCCGGACUAUACCAAGCCAGUGCGGGAGGUAUACGUCGAUGCAGCCAAAGUCAUGGCUCGAGAUGUGGGUGUACGCAUUCUCUGCCUCUGUGAAAGGCGUGACGAAAAUCCGGACAAUCUUCCAUCCUGGGUUCCCGAUUUGCGGUUGAAUGGGGACCAGAUCCUCCAGUCAGAGUUGGACUCUUACGACGCUGCGGCCGGUCUAGAUGGUAAACCCGUGGUUAUAAUGCAGGGCGAUAUCUUGCGUGUAAGCGGAAAACGAGUUGACAGGAUCUCUAAACAUUGUCGAUAUUACGAGUAUAAUCCGUCAAUGGAUCACGAGGAGUUUUUCAAAUACUCAGAACUGGGCCGAGUGCAGUACGCAGAGAUUUGGAGGGUUCUGGAAUGCAUCCCCGAAGUAUCCUCGAUCCUGAACCCACCAUGGCGCCUUGAGAACCGAAGCGGCUCAAGCGAACCAGUUCAAGGUGAAUCUAAAACCCCACGACUCGUCGAAAAGCCCGACUCUGAACCCAUGACAACUUUGCAAAAUAGGUUUGAGGUGCUUUGGCGCACGCUGCAGAAAGAUAAGAUGUAUGACUAUCACCCACUACCAGGCCGCUUUGGAAAAGAUCUCGAGGCCCUCAUGGACUUGGACUUGGACACCUACUAUAGAUCAAUCUUUACAAAGGAGCAUGGCGACCUCAUGCGCCGGCUCGGGAAGGAAAUCCGCGAUGCCGAAAGCCAGGAAAACAAGGCGGGCCCUGGUUGCAAUGACACAGCAUCUGGGAAUCAUGUCCUUUGUGAAGUUUGCCGUAUAAAAGACAUGGCGCGGAAAAUGGACGGGUUCACGGAAUCACUACGACAGUCCACGAAUCCAUCAGAGGUCCUCAAUAAAGACCAAGCUGCCACUACCAAACUUUUCGAAGCGUACACAGCAGUCUCAAAAUUGCUUGGUAAUCUACCACCAAACGCGCCGGUGCAUCAGCCUCCCUACUGGCAGCAGCACGAAGAUCUCUGGCAAGCAGUACUGGAAGCAUUCGACAGACAAGACUUCGCUGCGAUUUAUAAUUCGGUGCAAAAUCUCCUACGGCUUGAUGUGUGGAGCUCUGCUCAAUUGAAGGAGCGGCAGAAAAGUACAGAUUUACCACACGGAAAGUUGAAUAUAUUUGCUACAGAGAGAGGUCGACUGGGAUCCACAGGAGGAUUAAUUGAGUCUGGAGAUGAGAUUUGGGCAUUACAUGGAUUGUACACGCCUGUCGCGCUGCGCAGAGUUGGCGAGGGCAGAUACCAAAUGGUUGCAUGCGUCUACGUCCACGGUAUCAUGCAUGGUGAGGCCGUAUCUUCUGGAGAUGGAUCUACUGAAAUUUUAAUACAAUAG